AAUAAUACGUCAUCGGCCGGCUCGAGACCAAUAUAUAAAUGUUGUGGAUGUUUGUUAUUUUUUAGUUCGUGUUUUUAAGAGCGCGGGUUUGUGGUUUGUUGACGGAUAUUUUUAACCGGCUUUGAAGAUGAGGCUUUUGCAAGUUGCUCGGACCGCCGCCAAGAACGCGAACAAAUUGCAAAAAUGUGCCAAUUACUCCCAAGCAGCCGCCAAACCCGUCGAGUCUCCGAACGUACUGUAUUCUGGGAUUUUUAUUAAUAACGAAUGGCACCGGUCGAGAUCUGGGGCCACGUUCCCCACCAUAAACCCGACCAAUGGCAAAGUCAUCGCGGAAGUGCAACGCGGCUCCAAAGAGGACAUAGACCACGCCGUGGAAGCGGCCAACGAGGCGUUCCGCUUCGGUUCGAAAUGGAGAACGACCGAUGCCUCCCAAAGGGGCCGGUUACUCUAUAAACUGGCCGAUCUGCUAGAACGAGACGCCGCUUAUGUCGCGAGUCUCGAGACGCUCGACAACGGCAAACCGUUCACCCAAUCCCACCCCAUCGAUGUCCAGGGCUCGAUCAAAGUCUUGCGGUACAUGGCCGGCUGGGCCGAUAAAUACCACGGCAAAACUAUCCCGCUGGAUGGGAACUAUAUGGCGUACACUCGACAUGAACCCGUGGGCGUCUGCGGCCAGAUCACCCCCUGGAACUUUCCCUUGCUGAUGAUGACGUGGAAGAUCGCCCCGGCCCUUGCCAUGGGCAACACGGUCGUGUUGAAGCCUGCGGAGCAAACGCCUCUGACCUCCCUAUAUAUGGCGGAGCUUUGCAAGGAGGCGGGGUUCCCUCCGGGCGUAGUAAACGUGGUGCCUGGAUUUGGAGACGCUGGUGCUGCCUUGGUGGCCAACACAAAUGUGGACAAGGUGGCGUUCACCGGCUCGACGGAAGUGGGUAAAUUGAUUCAGCAAAACUCGGGGGUGGGCAAUCUGAAACGGGUCACCCUCGAACUGGGAGGCAAGAGUCCCAACAUCAUCCUUGCCGAUGUGGACAUCGAAAAGGCUGUCGAGGCCGCCCAUUCGGCCGUCUAUUUCAACCAAGGUCAGGUGUGCUGCGCCGGCUCGAGGACCUUUGUCGAGGACGCCAUCUACGACGAGUUCAUCGAGCGGUCGGUAGAGCGCGCUAAAAAACGUAAGGUGGGCGACCCAUUCCACCCGGACACCGAGCAGGGCCCCCAGGUGGACGAGGAGCAGAUGAACAAGAUCCUCUCGCUGAUCAAGGAGGGCGUCGGUCAGGGGGCGAAACUGGUGCACGGGGGGGAGCGUCACGGCAGCGAGGGCUACUUCGUGCAGCCCACGGUGUUCGUAGACGUCGAGGACCACCACGUAAUCGCGAGGGAAGAGAUCUUCGGACCGGUUCAGCAGAUUUUGCGUUUCAAAGACCUGGACGAGAUCAUCGCCCGCGCCAACAAGACUAACUACGGACUGGCGUCCGCCAUCUUCUCAAAGGACAUUGACAAGAUCAAUUACUUGUCGCAGGGCAUCAAGGCGGGCACCGUGUGGGUCAACUGCUACAACGUGCUGACGGCGCACACCCCCUUUGGAGGCUACAAGGACUCCGGUCACGGACGAGAGAUGGGGGAGAACGGCUUGCACCAAUAUACCGAGGUGAAGACCAUCAUUACGUCGGUACUGCAAAAGAACUCUUAGGUGCCCUACACUCUCUCUUUUUUGUCGUUAUUAAUAAAUCGGCUAUGUAUUUUUUUAUGUUUGUAAAAUAAAU